CCGAAAGAGAGCAAUGAGGGCCGCCACAGCCGCGAGGAUGGUUACAAGAUGGACCAGCCAGGGAAGAAACACGAACCCGGCGGCCGGCACAUGCUGCGCGAGGUAUUGCAGGGCCGUCUGUGGGCGCCUUCUGUAGGUCAGCACGCCACUGAGGCCCUUGUUGCAGAUGGCAGUGUCGAGCCGGGCCGUCAGGUAAGCCUUCUUGAUGAGACGGCAGCCGACGGUCUUCGAAGUGGCUCGCAGGGCGCCGCAGCUGUCUGCUGUGAGCCAUCCCAACACCUCACCCGUGACGUCCCUAGGCAGGCGGGUCAGACGACAGCGCGGCAUGACCGAAGGUCGCCUCAUGGAAGGAUAACUUCAGGCCCAAGCACAAGAUCAGAAACACUUUAAGCCCCCCUUCGCGCCUCAGGCAGACACAACAGCCGAUGGAUCUUUGGAUCCAACAGCGCCAUGGAAGCCACUAGCCGCAUCCCUCUCCUUCGCAGCCUUUGCUCCCUGGUGCCGCCGUCCCUGCGCGUCAUGAGAGCCUCGAGGAGGCGGGAGACCAGCUCAUCCGAGCAGAAGAGGCCGCCAGGGGCAAGACCAUCGGCAUGCGUGUGUUUGCUGCCAUCGUUGUCUCGGUUGGGCUCGUGUGCAUGACUAUCGGCGUCGCCAUCGGCCUGUCCAUGACAACUCUCACCAACAAUACGUCGGUCGAGCGACCUGUCGCGGAAGCAUACAACGACACAAACACGGCGAUGCAGCUGUCAUUCGUGAGCAGCCCCGUCAGCACUGGCCAUCAGCGCCGGGCCGUGUGUGAGGCGGGCGAGUGGGAGGCGCAGCAGCAUGACAACAGCAAGGACGACCAGAAAAACUACCAUGGCCUCCCUGGGCCAGCUGCGGGUGAGGCUGCGGGGCACGCAGCUGAUACCAAUGAUGACGUCAGGAGCAAGGCGCCAUUGGGCUACGGUGGGCAGGUGAGGGGCAGAUCCACACCAAAACAGGUCAAACAGGAAAGAUGUCGUGUGUACUCGUGUCCUAUAUGGGUGUGCAGGUUACCUUGUUGUUGGCGUUGGCGCUCGCCGCAUUCUCUGCGUAUCAGGUGAGAAGGAGUGAUACAUGUCCUCAAGCUCAUUCGGACAUAUGUGGCUGCAGGCUGCCCAGGUACAAGCGCUCAAAACGUCAAACGAUCAGGUAAGACGCACGAUCCGUCAAUGCAUUGUCGCACUCCUGCCUUCUUCUGUUGACCACUGUGACCACUGUGCACGCAACUAUGCCUCGCCGUAAAUGCAUGCAGCUGCGCACGCACGUGGACACCAAUUUGCAGCAACACGCUACUAAGGUCAGAUCGAGAUGGGCGAAAGACACGGACUGACAUGCACGCAAAUGCCCUCUCUCUCUGCUGUGUGUGUUCAGCUUCAGGAGCAGCAGGCCCUCAUCGAAUCCAAUCAGACAGCCGCACAGAAGAACACACAGGAGGUGACAUGACAAAGUCACACACUCAGCCGAAGACGUGCACUUGCUGUGCCCGAUAUAUUUGUCCAGCUGGGCGAGGCCAUCCGCAAAGAAAUCCGCGCGCAGGUCUACUCCAAUGCGCACAUGCUUAUGCAGACUGGCUGUGUAUCUUCUUGCCUCUGUGUGUGGAUAUUGCAGUGCCUUUGGGCUGAUUCGCUUCUCACAAUCGGCCAGUACGUGGCCAUGUGCAACUGGCUGGGCGGCAAGCAGCUCAACGUCAUCUACAAGUAAAGGGCAAAGCACACAUUGUAAUACUAGCAGCACAGUAGGAGCACGUGUGUGUCAGGUCAUCGCGGGACGGCGCCACAUAUGGUGAUUUGCUCCGCUGCGUUGGCGACAAGACCGGCCUGGUGUUCAUCAUCAAGAAGGACAUAUAUCUGUUCGGCGUGUAUAUUAGUGCCGGUCUGCUGCUGCCCGACAAGCCGAUCAACGGCUGCAGCACAUACGACUGUGAUGUGCGGUAUUUCUCAUUGGCCGGCCACUUCGCCACGCCGACCAAGAUCGACAUAGCAUGGGAGUGGAGGGAGCUGUAUGUGGAUGUGGCGGGGAGGAAGGGGAGUGUUGGUGAUGGUGCGAAUGUGUACAUCGGCGGGGGUCUGUUUUUGGGCUACGGCGGCAGCCACCAGCCUGCUGCCGACAUCCGAAGCUGCCACCAGUGGACCUACAGCAGCGAUGUGCCUGAGGGCUACAUGGGAAAGAGGGGGGGAUAUAGCGAUGCUUUCUUGGGUGGGGCGCUGGACUUCAUGGCUGAUGAGAUAGAGGUGCUGCAUGCGGUGGGGCAGUGAGCGAGGGAGAGAGAUGUGUCUGGGUGUAUGUGCCUCUUGCAGUGUCUUUUUUCGACCUAUCUCGUGUGGUCUUCGUGUGUGCGUCUGUGUGUCUCACUCGGUGCCGCAGGAGGCGCAUCGCUGCGUUGUGGCACACUGUGUGGGUGUGGUGCCGUCUUUCUCCCUUAAUUCUAUCAACACGUGCUCCUGUGUGUGUGUGCUCUUUUUCCUGCCGAUAUGGGUGGCAGCGAGGCGAUCAUUCAUUUUGCUGACUUUUUUAUGCGUGUCGUGAUGGGUGUGUUGUUUGUCUGUACCAUAGGUGGCUGUCAGAACGAUGGUUAUACCACCUUUUUGAGUCAGCCAGGCAUGCAGCCACGACCAGCCCAGGGAGGGUCUACAGCCACUGUCUGCCUGCGGGCUACUUGGGAGUGAGGGAUCAAUAUGGCUACGCUGUGUUAGGUGGGUCAGAGUACUUGACGGCUGACGAGCUAGAGGUGCUGCACCUGGUGCACGCGCAGUACGUGGCCUGUCAGGAUCGAUACGGUUUUAUCACAUAAAUCGCAUCCGGGGCUAUAGCUGUUGAUGGGUGUCUGUCGUCUGUGUACCAUAGGUAGCUGUUGAUUUGAUUGGUCGUGUCUUUCUCUUCUCUGCCUUGGGUCGUCUGGCGGUUAUCGAGUGUCUUGUUGACCACUCCCAUGUAUAGCCAGUGAGAUUGUGCCGUCCUUUAUGCGACAUAGUACCAUUUCUUCCACAGGACAAGACGCUGUCCCGUAACCAAGUGUCAUCAGCAAUGCUCAACACCACACCACACCAAACCACACCACAUUGUGCCAACACAGAGAGAGACGUCCCCGCACAGAGCG